AUGGCAUCAAGACCCGCUAGCUACACUCUCCGGUUAGCUUCAGCCCCUAGGGCCGUGCGAGCUGUUCCAGCGCUCCAUCCUCGCUUCACCAGACCAUCCUCUACCUCGUCCCCCAAGCCCACCGUGCCGACAAAAGGAAAGGGCAAAGUCGACAAUGUGGCCGAGUCCAUUUCCAACACGAGCGAUAUCCCUCCGCUUCAAAGACCGCUGGGUAUCCCCGAGCAUCCGACGGCUGUGAACAAGACAUGGAAGCAGAAGCGUAGAGAUAUGCUGGAUGACGACCGAGCAAAGGAGAAGACGAAGGUCUUACUGGCCGAAGCCAAGCAGGGUUACUUUCAUGAUUACAACAGAGCUCGAAAAGGCGGUGGUGGUAAACUGUGGAUAGCUCCUAGUGUCCUUAUUCGAGAAGAUAGGGCAAAUUACUUUCCCGACAUCUCAGGCAAAAACCUUCUCGGAACCAACGUCCACACUACCGACCUCUUUGCCGGCAAAGCCACCCUCGUCUCCAUCAUUUCUACCCGCUUAUCAGAAGAACAUGUGCAAACGUUCUCCCAGCCGGUACUGGAAGAUCUGGAAGGACAUCCUCGUUUCCAAUCCGUCACUAUCAAUCAUCAACCGAACUCGCUCAAGACGUGGAUUGUGAGCAUGUUCACUUCGUCUCUGAAACGAACGAUACCGAAGGAGAACUGGGGCAAUUACAUCUACGCCACAAGCUCCUGGUCUGAACUCGAUAUACUCCAACCACUCAACCUCGACAACCACCUGCUAGGCUACACUUUCCUUGUCGAUCAGAACUGUAAAGUCCGCUGGGCUGGGUGUGGUGAAGCGACGGAAGAAGAGAGGCAGAACCUGAGGCGUGCGGCCGCCGUGCUUGUUGGGAGGAUGAAGGGUAGAUCGAUCAAGGCGGAGGGUGAGGCUUCUGCUUGA